AUUUUAAUGAUGAAGAGAGCAAGGAGGGUUAGAAGUCCUCAGCAGAAAAGGAAGCAUAUUAAUAUAAUCCUGAAGAAUAUCGGCAACUACAAUCUUCAUAGUUAUUAUGGAUGUAAGAGUUAUUAUAACUCUCCUCAGAGAGUGAUUAAGAGUCCGAAGAGGAGAGUCAGACCUUCUACUAGUCAUAAAAUUGCUAAGAAACAGACCGUCAAAGGAAUUAUCACUAAGCUUAAAUACAAGAAUAGGGUAACGAAGAGAAACAGUAAAGUUAACCUUAACAGAUAUGUUAAAAGUAGUACUUCUAAGUCAAGAGAGAACUUUCACAGAAGUGGUAAAGGCAAUCGGCUUAACUUGACAAGUACAAAUAUCUUGAGCAAACAGUUGACUAAUAGUUUUUCAAACAAGAAAAUCACUGUCGGUGAUCUUAACAGUUUCUUAAAUUUUGGGAAUACUGAAGAUUCUUUUAAUGAUUGACUUUCAGAAGGAAGGAGUCCAAAUAGAACUAGAAUUUGAGAUGAAAUCACCCUGUUUUCUAAUAGAAAAAACCAGAGUAUUCCUAAAAUCCAAAGCAAUGCUGAUGAAAUAUUGAAGAAGGAGCAAAUCUGUAAAAGGAAGAAGAAAAUUACUGGAGAUCACAAUAUAAACAUCAACUUGAAGCUAAAGUUCAACCCAAUGGUGCUUUUGAACAAUGGAUAUAAGCAUUAUCGGUACAUUCAUUUUUCGAAGAGAUAACUUUAAAUUCUAAAAACAUGUUCAUUC